GAGAGAAGAGAAUGAAGCAACGGAAACUAGUUCCCGGAUCAGUUCCAAGUAUCUUCAAGUGCAUAAGUGAGCCUGCCAAAGUCGUAGAAAGACGGGCGCAGCUAAGAUGAAUAGACGCAGGUUAGUUGAAGAAGUGGAAUGUUCAACUUCCAGUGUCACGGAAGAAGAAUUGUCGGAACCCCUUGAACUAGUUCCAGUUGUGGAAGAUCAACUGACACGAACAGUAGCAACGCAGACCGACUUUACUGUUUUGAAAAAAAAUAAGUCUGUGUAUGCAUGUUUGAAACAAAAGCGGAAACACAUGAAAGUACAAGUGGAUUGUGGACCAAAAAGUUGCUAUUCUUGCAGUAAAAUGUCUACAUUGGUAAUUUCGUCAACUGAAGAAUACGACGAUACCAGCGAUAGCGGUUCAGAGAACGAUGGCGAGUAUGAUAUAUCAGACGCAGAAGACGAUAUUGAUGAAGAUGAAGAGCUGUCCGUAGAUAAGCAUCUGUUGGACGAUACUAUGAAUUCAAGCUACAAUGACGAGUGGUUGGAGAAGGAAGCUAAGCGUAUGCAAGCCAAUGAUCCAGAUUAUGCUCCUACAGAAGAACUUAGCCCCCUGAAAUUAGUUGUUCCAACACGUUGCCCAUUGGAUCAACAAGUUUAUCUUGUAUUUGAAGACAACCUGGAGAAGCUUUUUAAAUAUUGUAUGGAAUGUGGCAGUCCGGUCUCUAUUAUUGACAAAAAGUCGUUUCAGGGAACGAAAGUGACAUUUUUCAUGACUUGUUUAUCCGGAUGCGAAACGAGAUGGGAUUCUCAACCAAAGUGUAGCGGUACAAGAGGUGUUGGAAAUUUAUUGAUAACGGCUGCUGGAGAGAUGUCUGGAAUUUCAUACUCAAAACUGAAAAGAUUUGCAUACCUACUAAACAUGCCAUUCAUCAAAAAAACAACUUAUUUCAGACUUCGAGAUCAAGUUACAUUUUCGUGGUUUCAAUUCAAUGUCAAAUUGAAGCAGAGAUAUUACAAAAGCAAAUCAUUCACAGAACCUGACAAACAUUUGUGUAAGAUACCUCUGAAAGGUGGUACGUUGAGAUUACGUGGUUUGAAAUCCUCAUACGUUGGACUACGUACACUAUUAGCAUCUAAAUAAACAAUAACAACGACAACAAUAAACAAAAGUAAUAACAACAACAAUAGCAACAAAAUUAUAAAUUCAAAAACACUUUUUAACACCAGGACUUCGUUGAAUAGCAGAAAUCACUACAAAUAAGCAUCAAUUUGAAUUUUAUCAAAUUAUUUAUUAUGUUACGCAAAACCAAAUUUCUACACUAAGUAAAUUAUCUUCAGGAUGGUGCAGGUCAUUCGGUGUUAGAAAAACCAACAAUAAUAAAUAUUACAGAGACAAGGAAAACUUACUGCAUUAUUCUGAAGUAAUUUGCAAUUUAGAAAUGUCCAUAAUUUUCUUUUUAUUCUUCAUUAUUUGUGUUACUUUAAUAAAAAUAAAGUAGCUCAUAUUAUCUUUAUUAUUUUUAUUUGGAAAAGUGUUUUUUAGUUCUAAUUAGAAGCUGAGGCAAAACGUAACAGAAGUAUGCUGUUAUAUUGGUAAUGUAGAUAAGUCUAAGAUAAAGAAACGUAAUUACAUUAAAAAAGACUCUACUGCAGAAAUACUAUAAGCAAAAAGUUUGGCACUUGUAAAGUAUUUCUUAUUUAACAGUUUUUUUACCAUCAAGCACAGAAGAAAAAUGCUUGGUGAGCUUAUUUUUUAUCGACAUUUUCGUUUAGUAAGCAAUUAAAGAUUGUCUGUACCCCAAAUGUAAACUCUCCUGUAUAUUUGGCAUGUUGUUGUAAUGUAAAAUUUUAUAACGGCAAAUCAAUGAAAAGACAAAAUAAAAAAAGAUCUAGCACAAUUGUGGUGCAAGGAAUUGCUGUUUUCUGGCAAGAGUAAUUGUUUCGCAUGCAGAAUCACUAUUCCAGCAAAAACAAACAAUUGCUAUAAAAAACUGCAUUCACAUAUUUUCAACACAUGUUCAUUCAUUCUUCCAAGUUACUCAAAGUUUUUACACAUAUGAUGCCCCAUUAAUGUAGGGACAACUUCAAAACAUUCAGAGUAACUAAAAAGAUUCUCCAGUACCGUAAUGCUUCGAAUAAACGCCCCCUUCUA